AUGUAUGCGUUACUUAGUGUUUACGAUAAAACAGGUCUAUUGGACCUGGCCAAGGCACUUGUGAAUAAGGGAAUCAAAUUGCUUGGUAGUGGUGGUACCGCGAAAAUGAUUCGUGAAGCUGGAAUGGAAAUCCAGGAUGUUUCCUCCAUCACGAAUGCUCCUGAAAUUUUGGGUGGCCGUGUAAAGACCCUUCAUCCUGCUGUUCAUGGCGGGAUUCUUGCUCGUGACAUCUCCUCUGAUGAGAAGGACCUUGUCGAACAACAGAUUGAGAAGAUCGACGUCGUUGUUUGCAAUCUGUAUCCCUUCAGAGAAACAAUUGCAAAGCCUAAUGUCACUAUUCCUGAAGCUGUCGAAGAAAUCGACAUUGGUGGUGUCACUUUGUUACGUGCCGCCGCAAAGAACCAUGCUCGUGUCAGCAUCCUUACUGAUCCCAAAGAUUAUCCUAAUUUUGCCGAAAAGUUACUUACGAACUCUUUAACUCAAGAUGACAGAAAUCAGUACGCUCUGAAGGCCUUUGCUUCUACUGCUUCCUAUGAUUCCGCCAUCACUGACUACUUCCGCAAACAAUACUCUGUUGGUGUGGACCAAAUGACUCUGCGCUACGGUGCUAACCCUCACCAAUCUCCAGCUCAGGCUUUCAUGGAAAGUGGCCCCCUUCCCUUCAAGGUUCUUGGUGGCUCUCCUGGUUAUAUCAAUUUGCUUGAUGGUUUAAACUCAUGGCCUCUCGUCAAAGAGUUACAUGAAAACAUUGGCCUUCCCGCUGCUGCUUCCUUUAAGCAUGUUUCUCCUGCCGGCGCUGCCGUUGGUGUUCCUUUAUCCGAUGUCGAAAAGAGUGUCUAUUUUGUCAGUGACAUUGGCGAAUUGACCCCCUUGGCCUGCGCUUAUGCUAGAGCUCGUGGUGCUGACCGUAUGUCUUCUUUUGGUGACUUCAUUGCUCUCUCCUCCAAGGUUGACGUGUGCACUGCUCGUAUAAUUUCCCGUGAGGUCUCUGACGGUGUCAUUGCUCCAGAUUUUGAGCCCGAGGCUUUGGAGAUUUUAAAGAAGAAGAAGGGUGGUAAAUACUGUAUUUUGCAAAUGGAUCCCAACUAUGUUCCUGCUGAGCUUGAAACCCGUCAAGUCUAUGGUAUCAGUUUACAACAGCACCGCAACCACGCCAAGAUUGAUUAUUCACUCUUUGACAAAGUUGUUAGUAAGAACAAGGAUUUACCCAAGUCCGCUCUUAUUGAUUUGGUCGUUGCCACCACCGCUUUGAAGUUUACCCAAAGUAACUCUGUUUGUUACGCUAAAAGCGGUAUGGUUGUUGGUUUGGGUGCUGGUCAACAAUCGAGAAUCCACUGCAACCGUUUGGCUGGUGACAAGGCCGAUAACUGGUGGUUCCGUCAUCAUCCCAAGGUUUUAGGCAUGCAGUUCAAGAAGACUUCCAAGCGUCCUGAGAAGUCCAAUGCCAUCGAUUUGUAUGUUUUGGGUGCCGUUCCUUCUGAAGGCAGUGAGCGUGAACAAUGGAAAUCGGUUUUCGAAAGCAUCCCUGAACCUCUCACAACUCAAGAACGUCAAGAAUUUCUUGCUUCUCUUAAGGACGUUGUCUGCGCUAGCGAUGCUUUCUUCCCCUUCCCUGAUAAUGUUUAUAGACUCUCCCAAAGUGGUGUCAAAUACAUCGCUGCUCCUGGUGGAAGUGUUAUGGACAAGGCAGUUCAUGACACUGCUGAUGAGUUUGGCAUGGUUUAUACUGAGAUUCCCUUGCGUCUUUUCCAUCAUUAG